GGACCCCGCGAGGUGAAAAUCAUGUUCUACAUUAUUCACGUUAUCUCUUAAGAAAAAAAUAAUUAGCAGUAGAUCAUGGCUGGUACAUACGGCUACAACGAUGGGCGAUCCGCUGUGCCACCGACUGACGGUGGCUCCGGCGGCGAUAGAUACAGCGGCUCAUCCACCGGCGGUGGUGGAUACGGUGAAGUAUAUGGCGGUGUAUACGGUGGCCCCGGUGGCGGAGCAUACGGCUACAACGACGGAAGAUCAGCUCCGCCACUUGCUGAUGGAGGAUACGCAGGCUCCAGCGGUGAUAUGUACAGCGGCUCAUCCGGCGGCGGCGGUGGUGGAUAUGGUGGUUCCGGUGGCCGUGGUGGAUACGGUGGCGGCGAACAUGGUAGUGCCGAUGCAUAUGGUGGAUACGGUGGUCCGGGCGGCAGCGGUGGUGGAUAUGGUGGUUCUGAUGGCAGCGGUGGUGGCAGUAGUGGUGGAUAUGGUGGUUCUGGUAGUGGCGGUGGAUACAGUGGCUCGGGCAGUGGAGGAUACGGUGGUUAUGGUGGAAGCGGUGGUGCAUAUGGUGGUUAUGGUGGCGGCGGUGGAUACGGUGGCUCUGGCAGUGGAGGAUACGGUGGUUCUGGUGGCAGUGGUGGAUACGGUGGCUCUGGCGGAAGUGGAGGAUACGGUGGCUCUGGCAGUGGAGGAUACGGUGGCUCUGGCAGUGGAGGAUACGGUGGCUCUGGCUGUGGAGGAUAUGGUGGUUCUGGUGGCAGUGGUGGAUACGGUGGCUCUGGCAGUGGAGGAUAUGGUGGUUCUGAUGGAGGCAAUGGUGAAUACGGUGGCUCGGGUAGUGGAGGAUACGGUGGUUCUGGAAGCGGUGGUUCAUAUGGUGAUUAUGGAGGCAAUGGUGCAGGAUAUGGCAACAGUGAUAGAGGCGGCCGAAAAGGAGGAGGAUAUGGUGGUGGUUCUCAUAAUCGAGGUGGUGGUGGAUAUCAAGGAGGAGGUAGUGGUGGCGGUGGAAGAGGUGGUGGUCGUGGUGGAGGAACUGGGAGGGAUGGUGAUUGGAGUUGCCCUAAUCCCAGUUGUGGAAACUUGAACUUUGCUCGAAGAGUCGAGUGUAAUAAAUGUGGUGCACCUUCACCUGUGGGUAAUGAUGAUCGUGGCAGCAGAGGUGGUAGCAGUUACAGUAGAGGUGGAAAUGAUGGGGGAUAUGCAAAUAAUCGAGGGGAAAGAGGUGAUAAUUAUGAUAGAGGGGGUGGAGGUAUCAGUAUAAAUGGCUCGUAUUCUGGUAAUCAAGGAAGAGAUGAUGGUGGCUAUGGUCAUCGUCCAUCUCACGGAGGCCCUGAUAACAACUAUCCACCACCAUCCAACACUUAUGGUGGGAACCCAGAUUAUGCCCCUGAUGCAGUUCAUCAGCCUACAAGUUACAGUGGUGGACCUACGUCAUAUCCUCCUUCAUAUGCUAGCACUGGUGGCUAUGGUGGGAAUAUACACUCUGAUGCCCGUGGUGGUGGUCGGGGUGGCUCGCGAGGAGGAUAUGAUAGGGGCUAUGGCAGUGGUCCUCGAACAGAAGUAGGUAGUUAUGGCAGUGCUCCUGUUGAGGCUCCAGCAAUGGUAAAGCAGUGUGAUGAGCAAUGUGGAGAUUCCUGUGACAACUCCAGAAUAUAUAUCUCAAAUUUGCCUCCUGAUGUCACCAUUGAAGAACUUCAAGAACUUUUUGGAAGCAUCGGACAAGUGGCGAGAAUCAAGCAAAAACGAGGCUACAAGGACCAGUGGCCUUGGAGCAUAAAGUUAUACACAGAUGAAAAAGGAAACAACAAAGGAGAUGCAGUUUUGUCAUAUGACGAUCCUUUUGCAGCGCACUCUGCUGGAGGCUUUUUCAAUAAUUACGACUUCAGAGGUUAUAAGAUCAGUGUCUCAAUGGCUGAGAAGUCUGCACCAAAGGCCCCUCCAGCAUAUGGUUCUGGGGGCGGUGGUCGAGGCGGUUAUGGCGGUGACAGGCGCAGAGGUAACUAUGGUUCUGGUCCAGACAGAAACUUUCACGGUGGAAAUCGUUCACGUCCCUACUGAAUUUCAGCCGGGCAAUCUAUCUAUGUACUAAAAAUAAGUGUUGGGAGGUUUUUUUUAAUUAGUUCCAUUCCAUGAUAUACUCCCUUAGCUGGAGACUAAAAGGUAGGUCGUUCACUUACUCUGAGCAAUACCCUUUUUCUCCUUGCUGUCUGCUACUACUUGGAGGGGUCAAAUAAUAUGAACUGUGUGAAUGUUUUUAUAGAUGCAAAUGGAUGGUUCUUCAAAAUGCUGCUAAGGUAGGUUUGAAAUGUUCAGGUGAGUUGCUUCUUUGAAAUAUCUAAACUGCUCCAUUAAUUCAAGCUGGUUAAUACUGCUUUAAAAUGUGCGCGCUUGCACACACUGGGCAUCUUCACAUGAUGCCAAAUUUGAUAUUUUAGGUGCAUCUAGAUGGAGCGGCACAUAAAAGUUUCAAGCUAGGUUCUCAUUACUACUGUUACUGGCUAGUGUCCAUGUUAGAACAUCUAGUCUGGAGUCGGUCUAUUUUAGUCAGUGUAAAGGAUCUUAUAUCUUUUGAGAUUUUGCUCGAGCUGGGUCCUCAAUCCUGUGUGUUCUAGAGAAGAAUCAGUGUGUUUAAUUUUGCUACUUUUAGAAGUUCAGGGUGGAGUGUAAGAAUUUCGAGAAUGGGGGAUGGAAUGUUCGUUGAUCAAGCUUUCCGUAGUUACAUGGGUAUUGACUUGGAAACUUAUGGUGUGUACAGAAAAUAUAGGAUGUUAUAGCUUUGUCUAUCUUAUUAAGACGUUUAGCUAGAGAAGAGUUGUAUGAUUUUCCCAAGGGCACCUACACAGCGUCUUGAGCGAAUCAACGACCUGGGUAGCCUUUGAAGAAACAUGAACCAAGCUGUGCUAUUGAAUGUCCCCAGCUAUAGGAGCCUAUCUGAGAUGGUUGUAUGAUUAGUGGCCAAUUCGAUCUUUGGAGAUUGGUCAACGAAAUAGGAGCAGACUAUUUUUCUCCUUUCCUAUGGCAAAGCAAGUGAGAAUUACAAUGAUGAAGUAUUUUUUUCCGGGGGGUCUUGAAACGUCUGGCAGUCCAGACAAACUUUCUGCUAUCGUGAUUUUCAUUGUAGUACGGUUGUGUGAUAUUAUCGACUUUGACAAACCUUUAUGAAAUAGUAAUAAAUAAUAAGUGCUACUCUAGCAUUGAGCUCCUA